AUGUCUGAUACAGAUUUGUCUCCUAGUGAAGGUGCAGCUCAAGAUUCUCAUUAUUCAACAUCCAAUAACAAAAAUUUAAAUAAUCAUCAAGUUUCUUUAUCUGAAUUCUAUGAAACUUAUCAACCAUCAAAUUGUAAAAAAUUAUCAAUUAAUUAUUUAAAUGAUGAAGUGAUUCAUGUGAAUAGAAAAAUAGACCAGGAUAUUGAAAAAAAUAAAAAUAAGACUCUUG